AUGAAUCGCAUUGAAGACGACAAAGGUUUUUUAUACAAAUGUAAUGGCGGUGAACGUAAGGGAGUUCGUUAUUUGACAUGCUACCAAAAAUUUUGCAAAGGAUCGGCAUCAAUUAGGCAAAAUGGUUCUAUUGUAAGUGGUAAAGACCACAGUCCUAAUUGUUUGCCUAAUAAUGCUGACAACGAACGCUUCAAUGAAAAAAUUAAAUUUAGGAAAAUUUUAUUAUUAAGAUCUAAACAAGAAACUACUCGUUUAAGAACUAUAUACGAUGAAGAAUGCAUAAGAAAUCGUAUUGGAGCUCUUCAAUAUGGGUGGCCGGUGGCCGAAAUAUCUAUGCGGCUUGCAAGGAAAAAGGCUACACCUGCAUUGCCACAGACUCUAAUCGCCUUAGCAGAUUUUUUAGACAUUAACCCUGACCGGUACAAAUGUUGUGAACGGCCUUUUUACCAAGAAAGAAUUGUUGAUGGACUUGGAAAAUGUUCCAUAAUAUUUGGUUGUGAAGAACUGGUUAAUGGUGUAAUUCGACUUGGUGGAAAUGAAUUGCAUGCAGAUGCUACAUUUAAAGUAGUACCAUCUAAACCAAAAAGUCGACAAAUCUUCAUCAUGCACAUUAUUAUUCAAAACCAUUCCAUCCCUAUUAUGUAUGCAUUAAUGGAAUCAAAAACUCAAGAAGCAUAUAGACUAGUACUUGAAAAAUGUAAAUUGCUGUUCCCACAAUUGGCUCCCAUCAUAAUUAUGACAGAUUACGAGAAAGCAUUAAAAAAUGCUUUUUUAUCUGUUUAUCCUAAUGCAAACUUAUAUUCUUGUUGGUUCCACUAUGUACAGAGUUUAAUGAGAAACAUUCAACGAAAAGGCCUAACAACCUAUUUAAAAAACUCUUAUGAGGCACAAAUGUGUGUAAAAAUGUUUGCCGCAUUGGCACUUCUUCCAGCAAAUCUAAUUGAAGAAGGCUAUCAAUGUAUACGGCAACAUGCAAGGAAUAAUAAUUUACAACUAACUCCAUUCUUCAAUUACUUUAACAGCUUUUGGUUACGGACAGUAGGCCCAGAAACAUUUUCUGUUCAUGGAAUCGCUAGGAGAACAAAUAACAAUGUUGAAAAUUUCCAUGGACGUUUAAAAGAAAAAUUUCAGACUUCCCAUCCAAACCUAUGGACAUUUUUAAAACAUUUGAAUGAACUAAGUUUAAAAAACCACAUUACCAUUGCACAAUUGAGUCAAGGUCAAAAAGUAUCCAGACCAGUUAAAAUAAAAUACAUUGCCAAUUCAGAACGCAUAAAAAUUGCAACUGCACAAUUAAAUCUAGGAACAAUUAAUGUGUCUGAUUUUUUAAUUCAAUGUUCCUAUACCGCAGAGACUUAUAUUCGAGAAGAAUUAAACUGGUACACUCUUGUCGAACCUAACCUUAUAGUUGAUAAUGAUGAUCUCACACAAUCGGAUGGAGAUGAUAGUGUAUCGGUCGCUGAAGAUAUUCCUCACCCCGUUGUAAAUUUUGCUGAUCCCACACAAUAUGAUGGAGAUGAUAGUCUAUCAGGCACUGAAGACAAUAAUCAAGUAGCUGAGGAUUCUGAUGGUAGUGGAAAUUUAUUUAUUACCAGACAUGUGCAAGCUGUGAUAAGGAAUGAAGAUGAUUUUAUACUUGAGGAAGAAUUAGAUCCGGAUAUGGUCAACAUGAUGGAAAUAGAUAAUCGGAGACGAGAAUUAGAGAUACAAAAUAUUCCUUUUGUGCAAGUACCUAUAAAUCUUCCUUUGCCACCAAACAGCAAUAUAUGUGUAGUGUGCAAAGAUUUAGAAAGAACACAUGCCUUGAUCCCAUGUGGCCAUAAAGCAUUAUGUGGUAAUUGUGCCGAAUUGUUGCAACCAAAGCGUUGUCCAUUGUGCAAAGCGAAUUUCAGUUCAACUCUACGUAUUUGGUCAUAA